UGGGCUGGUAUUAGGUACGUCAAGUAUAUCUUUUGGUUGGGGUAAGACAGUCUGUAUCAGUGGGGAAAUGGAUACAGACUGGCCAAUUUGAUACUGUCUUACCCCACCAAAAGAUCUGCUUGGAGAUUACAAAGAAUGGCCCUGUGAUGCUCCCGAAAUCUUCCCAUGCCGUCUCUCGUUCCUGUGGACAACUCAGAAUGCCACCGAUUCGCAAUGACGUCCGCUCGAACUCGCACGUACACGCGCCUUGAACUUGUUACAUGGUUGUGACGAACUGCCAAAAGGUUCUCCGGGGUGAUCUGGCACGGGCCGCUAAACUCUGGCGGCGACUCCUCGACUCCUCAAGGGCGCGAAUGACGCGGAAAAGCUGUCAAUUAAGAACCCAUUAGUCAUGCUCCAUCAGUGCUGAACCCCGUUUUCCUUACUUACAACUGCCGCUGGGGGGGACGGACGUUUUACUGGCAGUGGCGACUGACUGUGUCCCAUAACCGCAUACUCGCCGGGGUUACCACAACAUUUUUACCGCGAUACCGGACCUAGCUGCGGGUCCCCCUCGCACAUAACAGUGGCCGGGAGAGGCGUGGGGACGCAGUGUUGUGGUGGUGGCACAGAAAUUACCAGCGAAUGACCGGGCAGUCCCCACAAGCUACUCUGCGAAAGGAAGGUACGCAUAAGGUUCCCAGUAGAAUGGACACUACCUGCACUUGGCCGUGACAGGCGAGCCAGCCUUCACCAUAUCUACGGAGAGAUGUUGACGAUAUCUCCGCUGGAAUGGGCCGCCGGGUGGACCAAGGACGUCGCGCUGGCCACCAGACGCGAGCUCGGCUCCAUCAUGGAUCCGGACGCGCGCGACUCGGAGAAGAAGCAACACAAGAAGACGUCGGGCGGAGGCUACGACGUGUGCUUCUUCUUCGUGAACGAGGAGUCGGACAUGACGGUGUGCGUGGAGGAGACGUCGUUCCUGGUGCACCGGCGGGUGCUGGAGGAAAACUCCGACUACUUCGCAGCGAUGUUCGAGUGCGACAUGAUGGAGAGCAGGCAGAACGUCGCGCACCUUCACGACUUCCGAGCGGAGAUCUUCGAGAGCGUCCUGGACUUUCUGUACACGUCGGAAUUCCGGCUGGACUACGGGACUCUGGAGGAAGUGUUGGAGAUGGCCAAUUUCUUACAGGUGUUGUCCCUGCUGGACCACAUAGCUGGCCUGGUGGACGAGAAAAACUGCGUGACUCUGUUCAUCAUGGCGGACAAGUACGGCAUCAGCAAGGUGACGGACGCGACCGGGAAGGUCCUGAGCGAGAACUAUCACAGAUAUCUGCAGUCCAAGGAGCUAAGCAGACUAACCAAGGAUCAGCGCGAGCGUGUCCGGCAGAGGCGGUACCGGCACAAGCCCGUGGUGGCCGCCGUGAACGCGCACUACGUCCACUACCCGGAGCCGGGCCUGCGACAGUUCCACUCGUACGACGACAAGACCGACGCCUGGUCGCGGUUCACGCACCUGCCCAGCACGGCCGGCCGGCGCGGGUUUGGUGUGGCCGUGCUGGACAACUACCUGUUCGUGGUCGGCGGCCACGCCAAGCCCAGGGACUACCCGAGGCAGUUCUACUCCACGGGCUCGAAACUGGGCGCCCUACAGAACCAAACCAUGUGCUACAACACGUUAACGGACACCUGGUCCAGCACCGCGCCCAUACAGCAAGCCCGCGCCUACUUCGGGCUGGUGCCGUGCGGAGACUUUCUGUACGCCGUGGCGGGGUUUCAGUACGACGAUCCCAUCCGCUCGGUGGAGAGGUACGACCCGAGGGACAACAGCUGGGACUUCGCGAGGGACGUUCCCGAGGGCAGGACGUGCUACGAGCCCGCCGUGGCCUGCAUGGGGGACGUCUACGUCAACUGCGAGAUCAAGUCGGACAGCGACACGUUCUGGCUGCACAGGUACAGCCCCGCUAGCAACACGUGGACGGCGAUCUCCGAGCUGCCGACCAACCGCUGGCGCCACUGCAUGGCGGCCGUCAGGGACACCGUGUACAUCCUGGGCGCGUAUCAGCCGGGUGUGGACUGUUUCAACGUGAGCUCCCAGCAGUGGUUCAGAGUCAGACUUCCUAGAGAUAUUAAAAUCCCGUACGACAGGGGCUGCGCGUGUUUGGAAGAUAAAAUGUACGUUUUAGACUGUGAGGAGACGUUGUGCCAUGACGUCCAGACGAGGAAGUGGACAGACCAGCUGUGCCAGUUCCCACUGGGCGGCUUCGGCAUCAAAGCGGUGACUUUGUACCUUCCGGAACGUAAGAAAAGGGAUGACGGUGGUGGCACAGAGUCGGAGUGAACUCAGCAAGAUCAUCAUGCCUUUGAUACUGAACUUGAACAAGACACGUUGAACUUGAACGACUAACUCAUGUCUUUGACACUGACUCAAAAAAUCGAACUCACAUUUUUUAAAGAACAAAGUUUAUUUCUGUCCUCUGUUGUGAUAGUACAAUAUACCUCGAGUCAACAGCUUUAUUGCCGAUCGUAGUUCUACCUAGAAAACUCGGAGAAUGAAAUAUUGCCAAUGAGUCACAGUGUUCAUAAAGAUUGCGUAGAAACAAAGACAGGAACGCGUUUUUAUAGUAUGGAAAAAGACAUUUACAGUACCAGCAAGACGCCGGUAUGAUGUAUUGGAAAAGAGGAAGAUAGUAUCUUACCAAGCAGGUAACGAAUGUACUUGUAUUUUAAUGCGGGGUUGAGUGGGGGGGGGGUGUAGAUGUGACACAAGAGGGCUAACGCGAACGUUAAACGUUCUGAAGAUGUUGUGCACAGAAUGUCUGUGAUUUUUGUAAAUACGCCUUCAUUAAUUGUAAAUCACGAAUUUGUACGAAUAAAGAAUAUUGUUCUUGUUAUCUUAUAUGUCUGUGAGGACACCUUACUUGUGGUUUGUUUUCGACCUUUUCGUCGGGCUACUACGCUGCCAAUUAUACUGUCUUGAAAAUUUUACAGUGUCUUGCAGCCACUAAAAGAUCUGAUUGGAGAUUACCUAUGUACUUAAGCUGCGCGAGACACACAUAGCUAAACUAGGUGUGUAGAAACUUGUACGUAUGGGCUACUGUAGGUAAUGUACUUAUCAGCCCAGACGCGAUCAUCAUCACACCAACAGUGGAACCGGUAA